UCGACCAAGUCCCAGUGCAAAGAGGUCGCCAAGCUGACCGCGAUCACUGACCUGGCCGCCAACGCUACCAAGCUGUCCGACCACGAGGAUGGCAACGCGACCAAGAUCGCCGAGUUCCAGGCCAAGGCAUCCAAUGCCGCCACCCAGCUGGCCACCCUCUCCACCAACACCACGCUGAUGACGGCCUGCCUCCAGAUCUUCGCGGUCGAGGAUAUGGAGGACGACUGCGACGAGAUGACCGCGAUCCAGAAGGCUCAAGUGAUCGCUGCCAACCAGACCCUGCUGGCGGAGAAGACGAAGAACAACGCCACCAAGGCUGCCGAGUUCCAGGCCAAGGUCUCGGCCAAGGCUUCCACCCUCGCAACCCUCUCGAGCAACACCACCCUGACCGCCUUCUGUGCCGUGCGCGAUGAUGAGCAGUCCUGCAAGGCUAUGGCCAAGCUGGUCAAGGAGCAGGACCUUGCUGCCAACACCACUGCUCUGAAUGACAAGUUCAACAGCGAUGCCACCAAGGUGUCUCACUUCCAGGCCAAGGUUAGCGAGAAGGCCACCAAGCUGCAGACCCUCAUGAGCAACACCACCCUCCUCGACACUUGCCAG